GCUUUUUGAUAAUUCACAAUGGUAUUUCUCGCCCGCUCAAUCUCUCGCAUUGCAUGUCGUUCAGCAGUGGCUUCGUUUUCAACCACGAAAGCAACUCCCUCGUCUGCUCGACUUCUAACCCGCGGAGCCCAAGCUUUGAGGUACCGUCAAAUUGGAGGCAUCAGAACGCUGACUGGAAUUCGUGAAAAGGUCAAGGUUCUUCUUGUGUUAUACGAUGGUGGCAAGCAUGCCGAAGAAGUAUGUAUUCGCCAAUAGUACACAUCAAGAUCAAUUCUGACUUCCAUUGAAGGUGCCAGAGCUUCUAGGCACAACAGAGAACGAGCUCGGUAUUCGCAAAUGGCUCGAAGAUGCAGGACACACUCUCAUCACCACAUCGGAUAAGGAUAGCGAGAACUCAAAGUUCGAUCAGGAACUAGUCGAUGCCGAAGUUAUCAUCACCACACCGUACUUAUAUCUAUAUCCAAUUUCUUCACUCUGGCUCAUCAAGUACUAGUUUCCACCCUGGCUAUCUUACUGCCGAACGACUGGCAAAGGCCAAGAAUUUGAAGCUUGCUAUUACUGCUGGUAUUGGAUCUGAUCACGUCGACUUGAAUGCUGCCAACAAGACAAAUGGCGGAAUCACGGUUGCAGAAGUUACCGGUUCCAAUGUCGUCUCAGUUGCCGAACACGUCGUUAUGACGAUUCUAGUUCUUGUCCGUAACUUUGUUCCAGCACAUGAGCAAAUUCAGGCAGGUGAGUGGGAUGUUGCAGCUUCCGCCAAGAACGAAUUUGAUUUGGAGGGCAAGGUUGUCGGUACAGUAGCUGUUGGUCGAAUUGGUGAACGUGUCUUGAGAAGACUGAAGCCGUUCGACUGCAAGGAGCUUCUCUACUUUGAUUACCAACCAUUAAAGCCGGAGAUUGAGAAGGAGAUUGGAUGCAGACGUGUUGAGAACCUGGAAGAGAUGUUGGCACAAUGUGAUAUUGUCACAAUCAAUUGCCCACUCCAUGAGAAGACUCGAGGCAUGUUCAACAAGGAGUUGAUUUCCAAGAUGAAGGAAGGUAAGUUAGGGCGUCUUGCUUGUAUGGGGAUCUCAUCUAACGAGUCUUAGGAUCAUGGCUUGUUAACACUGCCCGUGGUGCUAUUGUUGUCAAGGAAGAUGUCGCAGAGGCCCUGUCGACUGGUCACCUACGCGGAUAUGGUGGUGAUGUUUGGUUCCCUCAACCAGCACCAAAAGACCACGUUCUUCGAUACGCCAAGAACCCAUUCGGCGGUGGAAACGCAAUGGUUGCACACAUGUCUGGUACCUCGCUUGAUGCCCAAAAGCGAUACGCCGACGGUACCAAAGCCAUCCUUGAGAGCUACCUCUCUGGUAAACAUGACUACCGCCCACAGGAUUUGAUUGUUUACCAAGGGGAUUAUGCCACCAAGGCAUAUGGCGAGCGUGCGAAGGAUAGCGGUUCCACUGGUGCAAAUAAGGCUUAGUGUUUCGGUAAUAUCAGAACAGAUUUGGGGUAGGAUGGCACAGAAAAUGUGAUGUAAUUUCUUUUGGUCGAUAUUUAGCCUUUGCUUUUGCUGUUAACUAGGCUCUAAUGAAUGAAAUUUAACGAGAAACUCAAUGUUGUCAAAGUUGCAUUGAUUGUGAUGGUAUGAAGUUUUCUGGCGUUGUAAUAUUGUUUGGUUCCUUCUACUAUCAGCAGAAGAUAACAGACUUAAAGACUUUAGAUCAGAGCUGGGAAAUAUUCAUGUCACCACUUGAUUUUCUUUGCAGUCUAUCCUGAGUUAAAAUGCUUCGAGUAGACAAGAACGCCUGCAAUUAAUGGAUUUAUCGCAUUAAGUUCUGGAGUAUCUAGAGCGAUCGGACCCGUGAACCAAACGUUUAAAGGGUGUUGAAUGAGCUAGCCGAGAGCUAUAGGGUGCUCAUUCACGACCAACCUGCAAAUUAGAACAAUCAAGAUGAUUAACCUAAUUUAAUCGAGGAUGUUAGUAAAUUCGAGUUUUCUAGAUCAAUCUAUAAUUUAUUAACAAGUUGAGGUUAAUAUGUAGAAGUGUAAGAAUAAAAGACGUUUAUUUACCUUCUAUAUAUUGUUUAUAGGUUUUACUAUUCUGCUAACAUUAGAUAUAGAUCCCUGCAGAGUGGCGUCGGUGCUAGGUAGUAAGGGCACUAGAAUUCACGAAACAGACUACCGGUAUACUAUAAUAAAUUUAAACGAAAGUAUAAGGGGAUAAAUAAAAUAGAUUCCUUACUUUUACUUUUACUUCUACUGUACUAGCGUAAUACAGUAGUAAAACCAAUUAACUCCUCGACUCAGCUUGAGCAAUACUUGGGUUAGGUUGAAUGAGUAUGAUUAGGUACUUCUGUUGAGUCAAGUUGAGUAGUAGAUUUGACUAUUCGAGUAAUAUUCAAGUACUUAGAUUUUACGUGACCGAUUCUUUAGCACUUAGUAAUGCCAUCGCUUAUGCCUGGUGAGUCCGCGUACGCGGACCGACCGCUCGGAGUCCGGCCUAUGAGCCCGGGUGCGCUAAGGGGCAUCGGGGACAUGGGGCCGACACUACUCGAGUUACUCAUGAGAUAAUCGAGUACUUGGCCAGUUGAGUUGAAUAGCGAUUUUCACAACUCGAGUUGAGUUGGUUAGGUGCUACUACUCAACUCAACUACUCGACUUUAAUACGGCUGUACUGUACUAAAGCAAAGUAUUCUAGAAUACUACUGUCAAAAUCUCACUAGUACUUUCACAGUUCGAUCACGAGCAUUCGCCUAUUCAUUUCAAGAUAUAGCUGCUGAGGAAAAAGGCGUGGUUGGCCCAGCGAAAUUGGGCUAGGAAAAAAAU